CUAUCUUAAUAGGCUGUAGAAAGUGCUCAUAAAUAUAUUUAAAAAAAUAACUACGAAUCGAAUGAGAAGGGACGUCGCCGUAGAAUCGCUGACAGGAUAAUGUUUGAGGACCACCGAAACAUAUGAGUCGGUCAGAUGUUGUUGAUGGCUCCACCCCUGCUACCUGUACAUCUCCCGAGCCAUCUUCCAAACAGAUCUGACCCGGUAACCGCAUAUCAGCUGGCCGCCGCUGAAGCAAGAAGAGGACAACAAACCUAUGGAAAGCGUUAUCGCAAAUCUUUUCUGAAAGGGAAUAAAUGAGAAAAUCGCGGUUAUAAAGAGAUAAAGUAGUCUUCAACAGCUAACGAGAGCGCUAAAUGUACCAGAAGUAACGGAUCUGGUUCUCAACAAGGUGGAGUUUUGUGAGCGAGGGCUACCUACCCAUCGAUUGCGCUUUACGCUAUUCGGUUAUCAGAUGCAGGAACCUGAUCGACAGGUUGCGCGAAGAUAAGAGCUGCCUUUUCUGGAAGUAUUACACCGUUACACCAGAACAAACAAGCAAAGAAAAACAGUCAUUGGAUUUCCUAUAUGGAAUUAAAUGAAAGAGUUUUAAAGAAAUAUCAGAUUUUUUUUUUUAGACACAAUUCGCAUUUAGAUAUGUCUUCUGUUAUGUUCAUCUUCUUUAACGAUGUGUGAAUGACUGCUGUAUAUGGAACGAACACAGCCUGUCAUUUGAAGUGCAGUUUGCGCGUAACAGGUCGCUGAGAACACAACAUUUACAUAGAAGAAGGACUGAUGAUAACGAACCGGGCAGAGUAGAUAGAGGAAGAAGAAGAUAGUUAGUUUAAGCAAUAUGGCUGAAUUGUGGGGUAGGGGACACUGUCUGGAACUACUCAAAGAGCCUGGAUGCUAGUUAUAGAACAUGGCAACAUAUCCCUGGGCAUCGGUAGCCUCAGAAUAAUGCCUAAAGGUAAACAUAGUUACUAUCCGGACUCUCCCUCUAUCCGCAUAUCCAAGAUGGAUGUGAUCAUCCCGUUCUCCCCAGAUGUGCCCUGUGAUAGCAACGGGCAGCGCAUGUGGUGGGCUUUCCUUGCCUCCUCCAUGGUUACGUUCUUUGGGGGUCUCUUCAUCAUUCUGCUCUGGAGAUCUCUCAACUACCUGUGGACCGUCUGCUGCCACUGUAAUACCAAAAAAAAGAAUGUUCAUCGGGUCCAUCAACAUAUCUCCCAUGGGGAUGGCGUCAAGCACACCAAGGAGACGGUGGCUGCACUCAGCGAGGUGGGCUGGAUGACCUCCGUCAAAGAUUGGGCCGGGGUCAUGAUAUCGGCCCAGACACUGACGGGCAGAGUCCUGGUGGUGCUUGUCUUUGCCCUCAGCAUCGGAGCCCUUGUAAUAUACUUCAUCGAUUCCUCUGACCCCAUCGAGUCCUGUCAGAACUUCUACAAAGACUUCACGCUACAGAUCGACAUGGCUUUCAACGUCUUCUUCCUCUUGUACUUUGGUCUACGGUUCAUAGCGGCCAAUGACAAGCUGUGGUUCUGGCUGGAGGUGAACUCGGUGGUGGACUUCUUCACUGUUCCCCCGGUGUUCGUGUCCGUCUAUCUCAACAGGAGCUGGCUUGGCUUACGGUUUUUAAGGGCCUUACGAUUGAUACAGUUCUCAGAAAUCUUACAGUUUUUAAAUAUAUUAAAAACAAGCAAUUCCAUAAAACUGGUGAACUUGUGUUCAAUCUUCAUAAGCACAUGGCUAACAGCUGCAGGCUUCAUACAUUUGGUGGAAAACUCAGGGGAUCCUUGGGAAAACUUCCAAAAUUCCCAGUCACUUUCCUACUGGGAAUGUGUCUACUUACUGAUGGUUACCAUGUCCACUGUGGGCUAUGGAGACGUGUAUGCCAAAACUACCCUGGGACGACUUUUCAUGGUGUUCUUCAUCCUCGGUGGUUUGGCCAUGUUUGCUCGCUACGUGCCAGAAAUUGCUGCUCUCAUCCUUAAUCGGAAGAAAUACGGAGGGAGUUAUAACUCGACCCGAGGCAGAAAGCACAUCGUGGUCUGUGGUCAUAUUACCCUUGAAAGUGUGUCCAACUUCCUUAAAGACUUCCUACACAAGGACAGGGAUGAUGUCAAUGUAGAAAUUGUUUUUCUCCAUAAUAUUUCCCCUAAUCUUGAGCUGGAAGCCUUGUUCAAACGGCACUUCACCCAGGUGGAGUUCUACCAGGGAUCUGUUCUCAACCCACACGACCUGGCCAGAGUCAAGAUAGAGUCAGCAGAUGCCUGUUUGAUCCUAGCUAAUAAAUACUGUGCAGACCCUGAUGCUGAGGAUGCUUCCAACAUCAUGAGGGUGAUAUCCAUCAAGAACUACCACCCGAAGAUCAGAAUCAUUACCCAGAUGUUGCAGUACCACAACAAGGCCCAUCUUUUGAACAUUCCCAGUUGGAACUGGAAGGAGGGCGACGAUGCCAUUUGCCUUGCUGAGCUGAAGCUUGGCUUCAUCGCACAGAGUUGUCUGGCUCAGGGCCUCUCCACCAUGCUGGCCAACCUCUUCUCCAUGAGGUCCUUUAUCAAGAUUGAAGAGGACACGUGGCAGAAGUAUUAUCUGGAAGGAGUAGCCAAUGAAAUGUAUACUGAGUACCUGUCUAGUGCCUUUGUGGGCUUAUCCUUCCCCACCAUUUGUGAACUCUGCUAUGUGAAGCUAAAGCUGCUACUGAUCGCUAUCGAAUACAAGUCUGAUAUACGGGAAAGCAGCACUCUCAUCAACCCCGGGAACCAUGUGAAGAUGCAGGAAGGAACCUUGGGGUUCUUUAUCGCCAGCGAUGCCAAAGAAGUUAAGAGGGCACUUUUCUACUGCAAAGCUUGCCACGAUGACAUCACAGAUCCUAAAAGGAUAAAGAAAUGUGGAUGCAAACGAUCAAAAAAUAACUAUAACGGAUAUAUCAAAUCAAUGGAAGAAGAGCAGCAGUCAGCUGUUUCGCCUAAAAAGAAACAAGGCAAUGGAAACACGAGGAACUCACCCAACAGUUCACCAAAAAUGACGAGGCAUGACCCUCUCCUCAUGCCGGGGAACGAACAGAUUGAGAACAUGGAUGUGAACGUGAAGAAGUACGACUCCACAGGGAUGUUCCACUGGUGCCAGUCCAAAGACAUCGAGAAGGUCAUCUUGACCCGGAGCGAAGCUGCCAUGACUGUUCUAAGCGGCCACGUGGUCGUCUGUAUAUUUGGAGACGCAAAGUCUGCUUUGGUGGGCCUUAGGAACCUUGUGAUGCCUCUGAGAGCUAGCAACUUCCACUACCACGAGCUGAAACCCAUCGUGUUUGUGGGUUCUCUGGAGUACCUGAAGAGGGAAUGGGAGACCCUUCACAACUUCCCCAAAGUCUCCAUCUUACCUGGCACACCAUUGAGCCGGGCCGAUCUGAGGGCCGUCAAUAUCAACCUCUGUGACAUGUGUGUCAUCCUGUCGGCCAAUCAGAGCAAUAUCGACGACGCUUCACUGCAGGACAAGGAAUGUAUCCUGGCGUCACUCAACAUCAAGUCUAUGCAGUUUGACGACAGCAUCGGGGUGUUGCAGGCUACCUCCCAAGGUUUCACCCUGCCAGGCAUGGACAGGUCUUCUCCUGAAAACAGUCCAGUUCACGGGGGGUUGGUCCCACAGGCUUCCAUCACCACAGGAGCCAAUGUCCCCAUCAUCACUGAACUAGCACCGUUAGUAAAAGCAGCAGGCAAAGUCCUACCUGUGAUUUCAUUCAGUCAGGAUACAAGCAGUGGGAUCAACAUACACAUAAUAACAGAACUGGUGAAUGACUCCAAUGUUCAGUUCCUGGACCAGGAUGACGACGACGACCCUGACACAGAGUUGUACCUCACUCAGCCCUUCGCCUGUGGGACGGCUUUCGCAGUCAGCGUGCUGGAUUCCCUGAUGAGUGCUACAUACUUCAAUGAUAAUAUCCUCACCCUGAUCCGGACGCUGGUAACAGGGGGGGCCACUCCGGAGCUGGAGGGUCUGUUGGCGGAGGAGAACGCAUUACGAGGAGGCUACAGCACGCCGCAGACCCUCGCUAACCGGGACAGGUGUCGUGUUGCACAGCUAGCCUUGUACGACGGGCCUUUCGCUGACUUGGGGGAUGGUGGUUGCUACGGUGACUUGUUUUGUAAAGCGUUAAAAACGUACAACAUGCUUUGCUUCGGAAUUUACCGUUUGAGGGACGCCCAUCUAAACACACAAAGUCAUACAAGUCAAUGCACUAAACGAUAUGUAAUAACCAACCCACCAUAUGGUUUUGAGCUGGUGCCAUCAGACCUGAUCUUCUGCCUGAUGCAGUUUGACCACAACGCGGGUCAGUCCCAGGCCAGCCUCACCCAUAGCUCGCACUCCUCCCAUUCCUCCAGCAAAAAGAGCUCCUCCGUCCAUUCUAUCCCCGCCACCAACCGCACCAACCGCACCAAGAGCAGGGACUCACGGGAUAAACAAAAGAUGAAUAGAAUGGGCCAAGAAAAGACAUGCUUUAUAGAUGAGCCUGAGAAUGCAGCCUACCCCAGGAAGUCACACUCUAGUCACACAGCCAACCACCAGGUCAACCUCCAGGUUAACCAGAACCCUUACAAAUCCACCAACAACCUCAUCCUGUCCAUCAGAGAGGUGGAGGACGAAUACUGAACUACAGAACCCAAUGUUGAGACCUACCGUACAACCCACCUGGAGAACACCUGGAACUAGAGCCCAAGAACAGCUAUAACCCACCUACAGAACACCUGGAACUAGAACCCCAAAACAGCUAGAACCCACCUACAGAACACCUGGAACUAGAAUACAAGAACAGCUAGAACCCACCUACAGAACACCUGAAACUAGAACACAAGAACAGCUAGAACCCACUUACAGAACACCUGGAACUAGAACCCAAGAACAGCUAGAACCCAACUAGAGAACGCAUGGAACUAGAACACAAGAACAGCUAGAACCCACCUAGAGAAUGCAUGGAACUCCACCCUGAUCCAGUGGAACUGGAAUCUGAAGAACAAUUUAAAGCUAGAAUCCUUAGUUGCUACAUCAAUUUAUGAACUUAUAAAUGAAUGAUCAAAACAUCAAUGCUGUAUAAUAAACCUCAUGGAAAAGUGCGUAUGUACAGUAGCUACAGUAACAUCAUAUCAACAGGCUUUUUGACAUGUUUUAUACAUAUUCAUAUGUAAAUGAAGUAAUAGACAUAUAAAUACACUCAGAUGUCAAUCAGAUGUACAAGUCAGUCAGUCACUAAUGCUAACACUGUAGUUUACACAGCCAGUUCCUUAGUGACCAGACUCCAUCAGUUUAACCAUUUUGGAGAAUGAGGGUCGCUUCAGUCAGAGUAGCAACGCAACGCAAUGCCAGAUAACAUAUGAUGAAACAUUAUAAUAGAGUGUUAUCAAACUGGACUGAUUAUUUGCCAAUAAAAACCAUAUAUAUACGCUG